AUGUCGAAUCAAAGACGGUGCUCACUAGCAUUGGAAUCUACUGGGAACAACCCUGGUGACCCCCUCAAUGCCUAUCUCGUGUACAACACCCAAUUGAGCAAGUGCAAGAGCGUGCCCGACCUCACCAAGGAAGCAAGCGUAUCGUUCAAUUCCGUGGACAACCACCACACAAAGAGACGGGUGUCGUUGUGCGAUUUGAACAACCUUGACCAGCAGCUCGAGACCUUGAGGGGCUCUGCAUACACCACCACAGCCAUGGCCAACUCUACCCAGUGCUUGGUGAAUCACAAGUCCAACCCUCGGCCCUCCUACGAGGGCCACUACUCUCCACCAACUGGAUGUAGAAGACAUCAGAGACGCAAAAGCGUUGCUAUGAAGUUUGAGAAUCCCCGCGUGGUAUGA